GUGAGAUUCAUUGACAGUCACCGAAACAAAGGAUCACAUGAACUGGUAAAGGAAGAUAUCAUGUGACAGGUCAGAGGCAGGUUUAUCCAGUACUGAGUUUGUUAAAUCAGAUCAGAUCAGCUGCUUCAACAUGGCAGAAUGGAGCUGUUUGUUUUUAUUCUUGUUGAUGGGAGCUUGUUAUUGUCAGUAUAAACCUACAUGGGAGUCGAUCGAUUCGAGACCUCUUCCUGAAUGGUUUGAUCAAGCGAAGUUUGGAAUCUUUAUACACUGGGGUGUGUUUUCAGUCCCCAGCUACGGCAGCGAAUGGUUCUGGUGGUAUUGGCAAGGCCAGAAAAUCCCAUCCUAUGUGUACUUUAUGGCCAAAAACUAUGCCCCUGGAUUCACAUAUCAGGACUUUGCACCACAGUUCACCGCUGAGUUCUUCAAUGCCAAGGACUGGGUAGACAUCUUUGCAUCCUCGGGAGCAAAGUACAUUGUCCUCACAACUAAACAUCAUGAAGGUUACACCAUGUGGGGUUCAAAGUACUCAUGGAACUGGAAUGCGGUGGAUGUUGGGCCAAAGCGAGAUGUGGUUGGUGAAAUUUCCAGUGCUUUGCGGAAGUACAGUGACCUGCGCCUAGGACUCUACCACUCUCUUUUUGAGUGGUUUCACCCUCUUUUCAAAGCAGAUGCUGAAAACAAUUUUAAUACCUCUUCAUUUCCUCAAGAGAAGACACUGCCUGAGCUUUAUGAGAUUGUAAACAAGUACAAACCAGAACUGCUAUGGUCUGAUGGAGAUGGAAAUGCCCCAGACGUGUACUGGAAUAGCACAGGUUUUCUUGCAUGGCUCUACAAUGAGAGCCCUGUGCGGGACACUGUUGUGACUAAUGAUCGAUGGGGAAGGGGCAGUAUUUGUACACACGGUGGCUAUUACACAUGUACUGACCGCUACAACCCAGGACAUCUGCUGAAGCACAAAUGGGAGAACUGCAUGACGAUUGACCAGUAUUCAUGGGGCUAUAGACGAGACGCUAAAUUCAGUGAUUACCUCACCAUUGAACAGCUGAUUACGACCCUUGUGGAGACCGUGUCAUGUGGGGGGAAUUUGUUAAUGAACGUGGGUCCAACACACGAUGGCCGUAUUAUUCCCAUAUUUGAAGAGAGAUUAAGGCAGAUGGGCCAGUGGCUGAAUGUUAAUGGUGACGGAAUCUACAACACAACUGCUUGGAGAGUGCAGAAUGACAGCGUUACACCUGGGGUUUGGUACACAUGGAAGCCACAAGAGAAGGCAGUCUAUGCAUUUUUGCUCACAUGGCCUACUAAAGGAUAUGUUAUUCUCAGUGACCCUAUAGUGUCAGAAGUACAAACACAGGCAGUGUUACUGGGCUACAAACCACUGAAAUGGAUGCCAGUGAAGCCCAGUGGUCUACAGGUGUACCUUCCUACUCUGUCUCCUGUUCAGAUGCCUUGCUCCUGGGCCUGGACUAUUCGUCUGACUGGUGUGUCAUAAGGACAUUAAUCAUCCUCAACAAUUAUUCAAUGGAUUAAGCACAAUACUCACUUGAUAAUAUGAGCAUAGCAAAGAAACUGUGCUAUUCUAACUUUUGUGAUUUUGUUUUUUAUCCUAUUGUCACAAUGUAUUUUAUGUGUUUGAUAAUUUUUUAGCUUUUUCUACACUGUACUACUGUGAAUUUUUGCAAAUUACCACUGAAUCACCUUAUGGUCACAUGGUCUAACUAAUCAAAAUUCUAAGUACUGUAUGUGUAAAGCCUUUUUUUUUUUUGGGAUAUGGUGAAGCAAGAAUGCAUUUUAAAUUACUCAGGGGUAGAAAAUAUGACAGCUAGACCAAAAACAUUUAAAAUUUUAGAAAGUAAAAUGUCUGAGUGAAUUUAUUUUAAAGCAAUGAAUGACACAAAUAAAAAAAUGAAUUUAAUGUUGCAUAGAAA